AUGGAAGUGAAAGAGGAGAGUCAAGCUGAAGUGGAUGAGAAACAUCAGAUUGUAAAUAUAAACUAUAAUGUUUCACAGAAAGAAACUCUGAAGACAAAAGACAUAAAGUGUGAAAAUAGUUUCAGAGAAGAUGAACGCCCUGCAGAUCACAAGAGGACUCACAGUGAGCAGAAACCUUUCACAUGUCAACAGUGUGGAAAGAGUUUCAACUUUCAGUCGAACCUUAACCGGCACAAGAAAACUCACAGUGGGGAAAAGACACACGCGUGCCAGCAUUGUGACAAGAGUUUCCCAGAUAAAAGUGAACUUAAGAGACACAUUAGAGUUCACACUGGAGAGAAACCAUUCACUUGUCAUCUGUGUGGAAAGAGUUUCAGAAUUAAAAGCAACCUUACAAGACACAUGAAAAUUCACAUGGAAGAGAAAACUCACGCUUGUCUUCAGUGUGAAAAGAGUUUCAUUGAUAAAAGUGGACUUGAGACUCACAUGAGAAUCCACACUGGAGAGAAAUCUUUCACAUGCCAUGAGUGUAAAAAAAGAUUCAGAUGUAAAAACAACCUUACAAGACACAUGAAAAUUCACAUGGAAGAGAAACCUCACUUUUGUUCUCAGUGUGGAAAAAGUUUCAGAAAUAAAAGUGGACUUGAGAUUCACAUGAGGAUUCACACUGGAGAGAAACCGUUCACAUGCCAUGAGUGUAAAAAAAGUUUUAACUUUAAAAGCAACCUUACAAAACACAUGAAAAUUCACACUGGAGAGAAACCUCACGCAUGUCUUCAGUGUGGAAAGAGUUUCAGUAAUAAAAGUGGACUUGAGAUUCACAUGAGAUAUCACACUGGAGAAAAACCUUACAUAUGCACUCAGUGUGGAAAGAGUUUUACAAGUGAAGGGACUCUUAAGACACACACAAGAAUUCACACCGUAGAGAAACCGUUCACAUGUCAUGAGUGUAAAAAAAGUUUUAACAUUAAAAGCAACCUUAAAACACACAUGAAGAUUCACAUAGGAGAGAAACCUCACGCAUGUCUUCAGUGUGAAAAGAGUUUCAGAGAUAAACGUGGACUUGAGACUCACAUGAGAAGUCACACUGGAGAGAAACCUUACAUAUGUCUGCAGUGUGGAAAGAGUUUUACAAGUGAAGACACUCUUAAGACACACAUGAGAAUUCACACCGGAGAAAAACCGUUUACAUGUCAUGAGUGUAAAAAAAGUUUCAGAUUUAAGCACAACCUUACAGCACACAUGAAAAUUCACACUGGAGAGAAACCUCAUGCAUGUCAACAGUGUGGAAAGAGUUUCAGAAGAAAAGCUCACCUUAAAGAACACAAGAGAAUUCACACUGGAGAGAAACCUUUCACAUGUCAACAGUGUGAAAAGAGUUUCACUUUUCAAUCGAGCCUUAUCCGGCACAGGAAAACUCACAGUGGGGAAAAGCCACACGCGUGCCAGCAUUGUGAAAAGAGUUUCCCAUAUACAAGUCAACUUAAGAUACACGUAAGAGUUCACACUGGAGAGAGACCUUACACGUGUCAUCUGUGUGGAAAGCGUUUCGGAGAUAAAAGUGGACUUGAUAUUCACAUGAGGAUUCACACUGGAGAGAAACCUUUCACAUGUCAUGAGUGUAAAAAAAGUUUCAGAUUUAAAAGCAGCCUUACAAGACACAUGAAAAUUCACAUGGAAGAGAAAACUCACGCUUGUCUUCAGUGUGAAAAGAGUUUCAUUGAUAAAAGUGGACUUGAGACUCACACAAGAAUCCACACUGGAGAGAAACCUUUCACAUGCCAUGAGUGUAAAACAAGUUUCAGAUUUAAAAACAACCUUACAAGACACAUGAAAAUUCACAUGGAAGAGAAACCAUACUCUUGUCCUCAGUGUGGCAAGUGUUUCAUUGAUAAAAGUGGACUUGAGACUCACACAAGAAUCCACACUGGAGAGAAACCUUUCACAUGCCAUAAGUGUAAAAAAAGUUUCAGAUGUAAAUACAGCCUUACAAUACACAUGAAAGUUCACACUGGAGAGAAACCGUUCACAUGUCAUGAGUGUAAAAAAAGUUUCAGAUGUAAAUCCAACCUUACAAUACACAUGAAAAUUCACACUGGAGAGAAACCUCACGCAUGUCUUCAGUGUGGAAAGAGUUUCAGUAAUAAAAGUGGACUUGAGACUCACACAAGAAUCCACAGUGGAGAGAAACCUUACAUAUGUCUUCAGUGUGGAAAGAGUUUUACAAGUGAAGGCACUCUUAAGACACACACAAAAAUUCACACUGCAGAGAAACCGUUCACAUGUCAUGAGUGUAAAAAAAGUUUCAGAUGUAAAUACAGCCUUACAAUACACAUGAAAAUUCACACUGGAGAGAAAGCUCACGCAUGUCAUGAGUGUAAAAAAAGUUUUAACAUUAAAAGCAACCUUACAAGACACAUGAAAAUUCACAUGGAAGAGAAACCAUACUCUUGUCCUCAGUGUGGAAAGAGUUUCAUUGAUAAAAGUGGACUUGAGACUCACACAAGAAUCCACACUGGAGAGAAACCGUUCACAUGUCAUGAGUGUAAAAAAAGUUUCAGAUGUAAAUACAGCCUUACAAUACACAUGAAAAUUCACACUGGAGAGAAACCUCAUGCAUGUCUUCAGUGUGGAAAGAGUUUCAGUCAUAAAAGUGGACUUGAGAUUCACACAAGAAUUCACACUGGAGAGAAACCGUUCACAUGUCAUCUGUGUGGAAAGAGUUUCAGAGUUAAAAGCGACCUUACAAAACACAAGAGGACUCACAGUGAGGAGAAACCUUUCACAUGUCAACAGUGUGGAAAGAGUUUCAGAAGAAAAUCUCACCUUAAAGAACACAUGAGAAUUCACACUGGAGAGAAACCUUACACAUGUCAACAGUGUGAAAAGAGUUUCACUUCUCAAUCGAGCCUUAGCCGGCACAAGAAAGCUCACAGGGGGGAAAAGCCACACGCCUGCCAGCAUUGUGAAAAGAGUUUCCCAGAUAAAAGUCAACUUAAGAUACACGUAAGAGUUCACACUGGAGAGAAACCAUACACUUGUCAUCUGUGUGGAAAGCGUUUCGGAGAUAAAAGUGGACUUGAUAUUCACAUGAGGAUUCACACUGGAGAGAAACCUUUCACAUGUCAUGAGUGUAAAAAAAGUUUUAACAUUAAAAGCAACCUUACAAGACACAUGAAAAUUCACAUGGAAAAGAAACCAUACUCUUGUCCUCAGUGUGGAAAAAGUUUCAUUGAUAAAAGUGGACUUGAGACUCACACAAGAAUCCACACUGGAGAGAAACCUUUCACAUGCCAUGAGUGUAAAACAAGUUUCAGAUUUAAAAACAACCUUACAAGACACAUGAAAAUUCACAUGGAAGAGAAACCUCACCCAUGUCUUCAGUGUGGAAAAAGUUUCAAAGAUAAAAGUGGACUUGAGACUCACACAAGAAUCCACACUGGAGAGAAACCGUUCACAUGCCAUAAGUGUAAAAAAAGUUUCAGAUGUAAAUACAACCUUACAAUACACAUGAAAAUUCACACUGGAGAGAAACCUCACCCAUGUCUUCAGUGUGGAAAGAGUUUCAGUAAUAAAAGUGGACUUGAGAUUCACAUGAGAUAUCACACUGGAGAGAAACCUUACAUAUGUCUUCAGUGUGGAAAGAGUUUUACAAAUGAAAGGACUCUUAAGAUACACACAAAAAUUCACACCGGAGAGAAACCGUUCACAUGUCAUGAGUGUAAAAAAAGUUUUAACAUUAAAAGCAACCUUACAAAACACAUAAAGAUUCACACUGGAGAGAAACCUCACGCAUGUCUUCAGUGUGGAAAGAGUUUCAGAGAUAAACGUGGACUUGAGACUCACAUGAGAUAUCACACUGGAGAGAAACCUUACAUAUGCUCUCAGUGUGGAAAGAGUUUUACAAGUGAAGACACUCUUAAGACACACACAAGAAUCCACACUGAAGGAAAACCGUUUACAUGCCAUGAGUGUAAAAAAAGUUUCAGAUUUAAGCACAACCUUACAGCACACAUGAAAAUUCACACUGGAGAGAAACCUCAUGCAUGUCUUCAGUGUGGAAAGAGUUUCAGAGAUAAACGUGGACUUGAGACUCACACAAGAAUUCACACUGGAGAGAAACCGUUCACAUGUCAUCUCUGUGGAAAGAGUUUCAUAGUUAAAAGCAACCUUACAAAACACAUGAAAAUUCACAUGGAAGAGAAACCUCAGACAAAGACAAAGCCAAUCAUAAAGCAAUGUGAGACGGGACUCAUUGCAGAAAAUGAGAUCUGUUAACCAUUUGUGUACAAUAGACUGCAUUACCUUUACAUAACACGAUGGUAAAAGAUUUGAAUCUCAUUG